CCCCCCUCUUUUUUUUUUUUUUUAAACAAAGUUUGGUGUGGCUUGAGGUGACUCCCAGCCUUGAGGAACCCUUUGAAAUAGCCUGGAGUCCAGACACCUGCUCUAGGGCCUCAGAGAGGGGAGACCAUUUUUCUCGAGGGAGUUUCCUGGCUCCUGAGGGCCAGAAGUUCUGGCCAUGAGGUGGGGCUCCCCAAAGCUCUGCCUCCACACCCUUCCCUCCCCCCAAGAUUCAUCUGAUCACUAGCAACAGGAGCUGGCUCUGCUGUGGGCUCCAGGUGCUUCCUGGAGUGGACCAACCAGCCUCCCAGUGGCUAGCGUCUGAGCGAGAAGGCCAGAGCCCACCAGUCCCAGGAAGCAGUAGGCCUCAGGGAGCCCUGGGUGGCAUCCAGUACAAGACUGGCUAGUUUUGAGGGACCUGGAGGGGAUACCUGGAGAAAGCGGGGCUUAAGCGAGCCUUGGAGGGCUACCUUCUUACCUAGGGUGGACUCCAUACUGGCUGAUGCCAGGUGAAGGUGAGAGGACCACCCCUCAAGUGAUCUGGAUUCCAAGCCAAUAGGGGCAGAAAGAUGGGGUAUUCCCCAGACCCCCGAAGCACCUUGGCCCCAAUUGAUGCCACAACUGAACCCGGUCUCAUCCCAGACCUCAUUGCCAGGAUCCCCUGGCCCCGCUGGGUAGUCUUUAUAGUUAUUCUCGCUGCUGGAGUCCUCCUGCUCUCCUGCCUGAUCUGUGUCAUCUGCUGCUGUUGCCGCCGCCGCCGACCCAGGAAGCAACCCAAAGACAAAGAAGCUGUGGGCCUGGGCAGCGCUCGAAGCAGCACCACCACUCACCUGGUCCAGCCAGAUGUGGACUGCCUAGAGCCCUGCUCUGGGGGAGCCCAACAGUGGGGGCGACUGUUGCUCUCACUGGAAUAUAACUUUGGAAGCCAGGAGAUUAGGGUGGGCCUGAGGCAGGCUGAAAACCUGAAGACAGAGGGCACAGCAGACCCCUAUGCCCGAAUCAGUGUUUCCACCCAGGCUGGGAGAAGACAUGAGACAAAGGUGCACCGUGGGACGCUCUGUCCCAUGUUUGAAGAGACGUGCUCCUUCCUAGUCCCACCCGCAGAGCUGCCCAGGGCCACUCUGAAGGUACAGCUGUUGGACUUCAAGCGGUUUUCAGAACAUGAGCCACUGGGGGAGCUCCAACUACCGCUGAGCACUGUGGACCCUCAGCAUGUCCUGGAGAGCUGGUACCAGCUGGGCCCUCCAGGUACCACUGAGCCUGAGCCAAUGGGGGAGCUGUGCUUCUCACUGCGCUACGUGCCCAGCUCAGGCCGCCUGACUGUGGUUGUGCUGGAGGCUCGGGGCCUGGAUCCAGGGCUUGGAGAGACCUACGUGAAGGUACAGCUCAUGUUAAACCAGAGAAAGUGGAAGAAGAAGAAAACAUCCUCUAAGAAGGGCACAACUAUCCCGUACUUCAAUGAGGCCUUCAACUUCCUGGUUCCCUUUAGCCAGCUCCAGAGUGUGGACCUGGUGCUGGCUGUCUGGGCCCGUGGCCUACAGCUCCGGGCUGAGCCUGUGGGCAAGGUGUUGCUGGGUCCCCGGGCUUCAGGCCAACCCCUACAGCACUGGGCAGACAUGUUGGCCCAUGCCCGGCGACCCAUCGCCCAGUGGCACCACCUGCAGUCCCCCAGGGAAGUGGACCGUGCUCUGGCCCUGCAGCCUCGUCUUCCCCUACCUAGGCUUCACUCCUGAAAAAAAAAAAAAAAAAAAAAAAACCCAAAAAAAAAAAAAAAAAAACAG